AUGAUGGUACCGCGAGCAUUCGCAGCGACCUCGCCGCCCCGGCAGCACGCAUUUCGCUCUUUUGAUGAAAAAGACGACUUCUCUGUGCGCACAAAACAGAUCCACAAAUCCCGGUCGCCUUCACCUGCGCGAACAUCCAGGCUAUCACCUACGUCUCCCAGCUCGACCUCGACGGCCCUGAAGGUGCCAGUCAAUACGAGGAGACCGCAGCUGAAAUCGACAGAAGCUUCGGUCAUUACCCCGCCACGUCCGCAACAGACUCCAAUUCAAGCGCCUCCCAGGCGAGAGUCCGUCCAAGAGUUACUGCUCGCCACGGCCAUACCGAUCAAGCGAAAAGCAAAGAAGCGGCCGUCGCAGCGCCUCCCUGCCGGAGACCAUGUGGCCAACUUCAGCUCCCUCCUGCAGGAUGACCUCAAGACAACCGGCGCCGGUGUGUCCAGCAGUUAUGGGGCCCAAUUUGACGGUUUGUUCGGAAGCAUCGACGAAUUGGUGGAUGGUCAGAUGUUUGUUGGUAGCGAGGGCGUAGACUCAUCCAUUCUGAGGACCAGAUCAGCGUCAACCGAUUCUAUGCCGUCCCUGGCGUCUCCGGAUGACUUCAGCCUCGGUGGAAACAGCAGUGCGUCGCCAUUCACGUCUCGAUCGAGCUCCUACCGCAAGAUCCGACAUGUCGCCAGCUCCGAGGACUGUGCAUUAGAGCAUCCCCUUUUGGAGGUUGAAGAUGACGACGGGGCGACCACUCCAGAACUCAUGAUGUCGCCAACUCCAAGGAAGAAGCAAUCGAACGCUUCGCGCCGGCCGAGUGCCUUUAAGUCGACGUUGACGGCAUCUCUUAAAGCCAUCAAGACUGCUGCUCAAUCAGUGUCCAACUAUGCGACCCCAUUCAACGAGGCCGACAUGUUCAGUACCCCUUUCGACAUUCACCCUUCAAUCACCGACGACCGGCGACCACCACCAUCGGCAGAACCCCCCUCACCCGCUCUCCGCCGUUACCUCAAUCCCAACAUCUCCUCACCACCAGACUCGCCUGCUCAGCUCCACUUCUGGACCGAUCACCGCUCGACCAAGCCACUGCCAACCCCGCAGCCGAAACGCGAAAAGACACUCGCUUCAUCGGAGGAUGGCUUCCGCCCUCGUCCCAAAAAGAGGACCACCAAGGCUUCCCACGGCGCCGGCGACACCUCCAAGCUCCCCCCCAUUGUUCCACUGGCGACCUUCAUCCCACCCGCCGUCCGUACCGAGCAUGCCUCUAGUCCACCCAUUUGGCUCGGUCCCGACGGCAAUCCCGUCAACAAGCAGACCGCCGACCCUUUACUCUACGAGCCCUUUGGUCCGCUCAAGCAGCGCGAACCGCGAGAGAACCGAGAUUUCCUGCGCAUCUUCGUUUGCGAGAUGGAGAUGAAGCGCGCGGGCAAGCUGAAACUGAGCGCCGAGGGUCACGCCAGGAUGUGGCUGCCACCGGUGGAUGAGGAGGGCCGGAAAAGGUCGCGAGAGGGACGGCAGCGCUGGUCGGUCUCGACUCCCGAGGAGGAGGACGUGUUGGACUCGACGGAGGACCGUGCUGUGUAA